AUGUCAAGAAUAUUGAUAUGCUACUGGAUUCGUCUGAGGUUGGUUAUUGUUGGAUUUAUGCUACUAUUGUGGCUGUUGAGAAUAAUCGGAAUUGGUGUUACCUAUCAUGUUUACGGUUCAAUUGAGGGUAAUGAUGGAACGUGUAGUGCAUCUUUUCUGAUGUGGGAUCGUAAAUGCAUACAACUGAUAGGGAAGACUGCUUCUACUCUAAAUGAGGUUAUGGUUCAGAGUUCGGAAGAUUUGUCUUACCCAAACGAUAUCGAAGCAUUGGUCGACAGGAAGAUACUAUUUAAAGUUCAAGUUAAGCAACAAAACAUCGAGCAGCGCAGUGAUAUAUUUACUGUGAUGAGGUUAACUGCUGAUGAUUCUUUAAUAUCGAAGUAUGUUAUAUUUCCGAAUGUAGAAAGCCAGGGUUCUGAUAUGUUUUUGAAGUCCGAUAAGAAUGGGAACGAAGAGGAACUAAAUGUAUUACACUUGUGA